GCCUGCUCUUCUUCUUCUUCUCCCCGCUGCAACCCGAAGAAAAAAAAAAGUAAACCCAGCCAUGCCUUGAGGAAACCGGUAGAGAGCUUGAUUUUUUCCUUCUUUUCUUGUCCAAGAACCUGAUUUGGAACCCAGAAAUCUUCCCCCCCUGCUGGAAAAUCCGGAUCUGCUCUGCUCCUCCUCUUCACCGCCGGCUGCUCCUGUUUUAUGGGGGCGAAUUGCUCGGUUUUUUGAAUUUUCCUUCCAUGCCGCCGGCUCUUCCCCAAAUUGCAGCUCCGGCCUUGCUUGCUGGAUUCUGGUUCCCGAUCGUUUUGUCAGUUAGCACUGAGAUUGAGUGCUCGGUUUUAUGCGAGUGAGGAAGCGAAACCGAGGACAGGGAAGCCACGGGAAGUAACGAGUUAGAAGGCUAGCCAUUUUGAGAUUGAUGUAGAUUUUAGAUAGGGAUCAUGAUUUUGUAAACCAGAGUGUAUUGGAGAUUUAUGAUAUCAGAGCAGAUUUUAAGAUUUUAUCUUCAGAUUUUGUGGAUCGUCAGAUGUGAAUUUGAUAAGUUCCGAGCCUUGUGUACUCGUGGGACUUGUCUCACGAGUGUACGGCGUCUAUCGUGUCCUCGGAUUUGGGUUCUGGGGCGUGACAAUUACUAUGCACCAUUGAUAUAUAAUUAAAUAGAUGAUUAUUAUUUUU